CAUGUGUAAUAUAAGGUACAAAAGACUUUUACAAAUGCAAUUUGGCGCAGUUUAUAAUUUUUGUAAUGUCGUUCAAUUACAGUAUUCGCAAAGGAUUUAUUUUCUUGGUUUCGGCUUUGUUUCUACCAUGUGUGACAAAUAGUAGAAUGUUUUCAAGGAAGCCUGUUAGGUUUAAGCAGUUUUGUACAGAUGGUUAUGCUCAUGAUAAACUUUCCCCUGAUCCAUACCCAUUUACCUGUAAACCUGGGCCAGGUAGAAAUGUAAAAUGCCAGAAUAUUCUAUAUUCCCUGAAAGGGCCCUUCAGGUGUCCUGGGUAUGGUUAUGCAAGUGGAUGGGAAUUCAACGAAGGAUUGGGAUUGAACGUUCGCUGUUGUGAGGACCCAGAUAUCAAGUACUCACAGAAAGACUGUAAAGUACAUUUGAAUAGUAUUUUUGUAUAUGGUGGAGGCUACAGAGUGUAUAAAGGGAAAGUCAUGACUGGUUUCACAACCUUUGACAAUGGGAAAACUUGGUACAACAAUGAAUGUUCAUAUCGUGCAUGUCGAAGGUACUAAGAAAACCUGGUCUAUGAAGAGGAAGUAAUGUUAUGUUCUCAAGUUUUCAA